CGUUAAGGGGGCGUGGCUUCCGUGCGCCGCGUUCGAAAGAGGCGGCGGCGGCGGCGGCCCGGCCCGCCAUGACCCAGUCGGUGGUGGUGCAGGUGGGUCAGUGCGGGAACCAGGUGGGCUGCCGCUUCUGGGACCUGGCGCUGCGGGAGCACGCCGCCGUUAACAAGAAAGGAAUUUAUGAUGAAGCACUAAGCAGUUUCUUUAGGAACGUAGACACAAGAAGUGGUGGUGAUGGUCCUGAUAUUUACAAAGGAAGAAUCUGCUCUUUAAAAGCACGAGCACUGUUGAUUGACAUGGAGGAGGGUGUUGUAAAUGAAAUUCUUCAGGGACCAUUGAGGGAUGUGUUUGAUAGCAAGCAGCUUAUCACAGAUGUUUCUGGUUCAGGAAACAACUGGGCUGUAGGUCAUAAGCUAUAUGGCUAUCAGUAUCGGGAAAACAUUGUGGAAAAGCUGAGGAAAACUGCGGAACAUUGUGACUGUCUACAGUGUUUUUUUAUAAUUCAUUCUAUGGGAGGUGGGACAGGAUCUGGUCUUGGAACUUUUGUACUAAAUUUGCUUGAGGAUGAAUUCCCAGAAGUGUAUAGAUUUGUUACUUCAGUUUAUCCCUCUGGUGAAGAUGAUGUUAUUACCUCUCCAUAUAACAGUGUUCUGGCUAUGAAGGAGCUUAAUGAACACGCAGAUUGUGUGCUACCAAUAGAGAAUGAAUCUCUGUUUGAUAUAGUCAAUAAAAUUCAUCAGAUGAUCAAUUCUGGGAAGCUAGGGUCGACUGUGAAGCAAAACAGCUUGGUAACAUCAAGCGCAGGCGGCGCGAAAGCUGGGCAAGAGAAGCCAUUUGAUGCGAUGAAUAAUAUCGUAGCCAACUUGCUGCUGAACCUGACAAGUUCUGCUAGGUUUGAAGGUUCCCUUAACACGGAUCUUAAUGAAAUCAGCAUGAAUUUGGUUCCAUUUCCUCGACUCCAUUACUUGGUUUCAAGCUUGACUCCUCUGUAUACAUUGGCUGAUGUCAAUGUACCUUCUAGAAGGUUGGAUCAGAUGUUUUCAGAUGCUUUUAGUAGAGAUCAUCAACUAAUUCAAGCAGACCCAAAGCGUAGCCUCUACCUUGCCUGUGCACUUCUUGUUCGAGGAAAUGUGCAGGUUUCAGACCUUCGCAGAAAUAUUGAAAGGUUGAAGCCCUCCCUGCACUUUGUCUCCUGGAAUCAAGAGGGCUGGAAAACUGGUUUGUGUUCAGUACCUCCCGUGGGCCAUUCCCAUUCCCUUCUGGCUUUAGCAAACAACACCUGUGUAAAACCAACAUUCAUUGAACUCAAAGACAGAUUUAUGAAGCUCUAUAGGAAGAAGGCUCACCUUCACCAUUAUCUGCAUAUAGAGGGGAUGGAGCAAAGCUGUUUUUCUGAAGCCAUAUCAUCUUUGUCUGACCUGAUAGAAGAGUACAAUGAACUGGAUGCCACAAAAGGUGGGCCUAGAACAGAUCCAUCGAGACUGAAGAUAGCUAUUUAAAGAAGGAAGAACUGAUUUAAAAAAAAAAAAAAUCAUUUCCUGCAACGACUUGAGUUACCCAGAAGGAAUUGCAGCGUGUGUAGCUAUUGUAAUUCCAAAGUGAGACUGGGACAGCGCCCUCCUCAGCUCUGAGAGGUGUCGUAUGAAGUGACAGGCCCAGCCUGUGAGAAAUAUUUGAAAGACCCCGAGUUCUGGCAGGUGUCGGUAAGAGCGGUCUUCCUAACUGUGCAUUGACAUCCUGUGUGCUGUAAAGAGAAGGAAGAGGUGUAGUAGCAGCCAAAAAUGCAGGUUUUUUUUUUUUUUCUCAGACUUUCAGCUUAUGGUAAACUAAAGUCAGGCCUUGCUUCGAAGAAGGAUCACUGUUGCUAGGUUUGUUUUUUAACAAAAUGAAGACUAUGAAGACAAGAAAAGCCCACCUAGUCCUGUCAGAGGUGAAAGGGAGCCGCUAAGGACACUGGUUGCUUGCACUCUGCAGGGCAGUAGUCAUUUCAGAGUCCUCUAAGCUAUGUUCAGGCUUUUAAUAUUUGCUUCCGUGUUGUACUCAGCUGUACUGGAGCAUUCAGAGUUGAUGUGAAAAUUGUCAAUAUCGGAAAACUCAACAAAAUAAAUUGUUUCAAGUAUUAUACCUGGAUUGUUAAUUAACAUAUUUUAAUGGUUCAUGACUGCCGAGUUGCACUUGAUGAUGAGACAAUACAAUAUACCUCUGAGUGAAACGUGCACUUAUAAUGACUGUUUGGAGAACAGAGUUUGUAUGAAUAAAAGACUGCAAGUAAAACAGCUGUUUUAAUAUUUAUAAUUACCAGAACAAGUAGAUUUUUUUAUAUUACAGUAAGACCUUUUACAAACUAGAAUGUACAGCUCUUUCCAGUUGCUUGCCAGCCUUGGCUGUCUUCGAGCAGCAAGACCAGUGAACUGUUACAAAUCAGAAUGGGUCGAUGCAAUGAUUGCUUAAAGCUUGAAAUCCUUCUAGCGGAGUUGGGAUGGGCGCAUAAGCAAGCACACUUUCCAGUGCAUAGGCCCUGGCGUAGUCAAUAAAACAUUGCAAUAACA